GUCCCCUCGCCCGGCCGCGCCCAGCCCGGCGCCCCGAGCCGCGCAGAGGAGGAGCCCGGCGGAGUGACCCAGGAGCCGCCAAAGACUCUGGAAGGCUCGGCGGCCGGAGAGCAAGGCGGUUCCCCGCACCUCCAGGCGCUUGCAGGCAUCCCUCCGAGCCGCGCCAGAGGCCCGGCCCGCCAUUCCCAGCCCCGAGCCAUGAUGAAGACCUUGUCCAGUGGGAACUGCACACUCAGUGUGCCCGCCAAGAACUCGUACCGCAUGGUGGUGCUGGGCGCCUCGCGGGUGGGCAAGAGCUCCAUCGUCUCUCGCUUCCUCAACGGCCGCUUCGAGGACCAGUAUACGCCCACCAUCGAGGACUUCCACCGGAAGGUCUACAACAUCCGCGGCGACAUGUACCAGCUGGACAUCCUGGACACGUCUGGCAACCACCCCUUCCCUGCCAUGCGCAGGCUCUCCAUCCUCACAGGCGACGUUUUCAUCCUGGUGUUCAGUCUGGAUAAUCGGGAAUCCUUCGACGAGGUCAAGCGCCUCCAGAAGCAGAUCCUGGAGGUCAAGUCCUGCCUGAAGAACAAGACCAAGGAAGUGGCAGAGCUGCCCAUGGUCAUCUGCGGCAACAAGAACGACCACGGCGAGCUGUGCCGCCAGGUGCCCGCCACCGAGGCCGAGCUGCUGGUGUCGGGCGACGGGAACUGCGCCUACUUCGAGGUGUCGGCCAAGAAGAACACGAACGUGGAUGAGAUGUUCUACGUGCUCUUCAGCAUGGCCAAGCUGCCGCACGAGAUGAGCCCCGCCCUGCACCGCAAGAUCUCCGUGCAGUACGGGGACGCCUUCCACCCCAGGCCCUUCUGCAUGCGCCGAGUCAAGGACAUGGACGCCUACGGCAUGGUCUCGCCCUUUGCCCGCCGCCCCAGCGUCAACAGUGACCUCAAAUACAUCAAGGCCAAGGUCCUCCGGGAGGGCCAGGCCCGCGAGCGGGACAAAUGCACCAUCCAGUGAGCAG